AGAGAGCGGCAGUUGGAGGUUUUACGGAGCUGCGAGCGCAGCACUGAGCUGAGUUGUGGAGGGCGGGCUGUUGAUCGGUUGGUUCUGGAUCUCGAGCCAUGGGUGAGCCUUUGUCUGAAUCUGAGUUUGCGGCCUUCGCUUUCAGUGCUGGUUAUAAAUCCUGCUGUGAAUUGGGUCAUGGAGUAUUUGUACAACGUUCUCCACAUAAACCUAAAACUGAUGUUGACCCCUGUGAAGUGUGGUGCCGUCAGCCGGUUGACAAACUAAGAGAAUAUUGCAACGUUAUUAAAAUAUGCAUCUUUUGGCCUCUUCUCUUCCAAAGUGAAAGUAAUUAUUUGGUAGCUGACUGGGGCAGUUUACAGAUUUUAGACUGGAAUUGGAAGAAACUCUGUGAUUUAGAGCUUGUGGAAGACCUUGUUGAUUUGACUAAAAAAGUGGUUAAUGUUCCACAUUUUAUUGGGGGCAUACUGAGAAUUGGCAGCAGGCUAGAAAAUGGUUUCUUCGAUGUUAGGGAUGCACUUGAUUGGAUCAGAUGUGCAGGUGAUGUCAAUAUUCUGCAGAAGCUGGAGAAACUUGGUGAUUUUGGUUGGCUCUAUCUUGAAACUUUCUUUGGUGAAUGCAAACAUUAUAUUACUAAAGUUGCUUUGGAAGAUUGUAAUUUAGUUGAAGAAUUUAAAGCUGUCACCUGUGAAAACUGUAGGAAGAAGAGUGAAUCUAUGAAACAGAAAGGAAAUGAGGAGUUCUCCCAAGGAAAAUUUGAUCAUGCUAUAAUAUCGUAUACGAAAGCCAUAGAGUUUUGCCCUACAAACCAUCUUCUGUAUGGAAACCGAGCUCUUUGUUUAAUUCUCACGAAGCAGUAUAAGAAAGCCCUUGCUGAUGGAAAAAGGGCCACUAUUUUGAAGCCUAAUUGGCCAAAGGGUCAUUAUCACUUCUGUAAGGCACUGUCAUUACUGGGGGAACAUGAACUGGCUUUAGAAGCUAAUGAGAGAGCUCAGGAACUGUGCAAGAAUAUUCUUGAUGGACUUAAGGAUCUUAUUCAACAAAAUGACAAGUUAAAGAAGACAUUAGAAGAAAUCAAAGGUACUAAAGAAUAUAAGCAGAAACCAAAGGAUUUUCUUGAGAAAAAGGACAGCAGUUCUUCAGGAUCUCAUUUGAUCAUUUCUCAAGAGCACAAAGAAAUAGAGAAGGACAGAAAAGAAAUGCAGUUCGAUCAUGAAGGUGACCAUUAUCAUCAAAAACAUGAUACCACCGUAAGAUAUACUACAGAUGGAAUUCCAAGACUAUCAGUGACCAACAUGCCCAGGACAGAAAACAAAGUGUGUUCUCUGGACUUUCCACCAAGACAAAGUCACCAAUACAAAGGAAGGUCGAAGAACAAACCUGGUGAACCUGAGAAGAAACAGGAUCACCUUGAUUUGAAGAUAGAGUCUAAAACCAUCCAAGAUAAACUCUUCUGUACUGUGCACCAGGUGGAUUCAGCUAUGUUGCUUGAAGUGGUUAAAUCCCUCAUUCAUGAUGGUUAUACAGCCUUGAUGGACCAGAGGUGUCACAGUGCUGAGCAGAUGUUCUCACAAUUGUUGAAUAUUAUUGAUCCUUCAGAAUUAAAGCAAUUGAAUCUUCGUAUUAUUAAUUAUGUUGUAAUCAUCUAUGGACAUGCCACUUCUCUUCUUGGAAUAGGACAGCCUGAGGCAUUGAUGAAGGCUGAAGACCAGUUUAAAAGAAUAAUUGUACAUUACCAGGAAGAAAGAUUUGAUUGUCUGGCAUACUAUGGAAUUGGAAAAGUAUACCUCAGGCAAAACCGAUUUUCAGAUGCGCUCAAUCAGUUUAUGAAAUCACAAACCAUGAUUAAUCGUAAGAUUGUACCUGGAGUAUUAACUUGGCCCACGACAUCUCAGGUGAUUGAAGAAACACGAACAGAGAAUUUACAGUUGUUCUUAAAGAAUUGCAUUGAGGAGUGCAAGUUCCCUCCAGAACCAGAUGCAGUUUGUCGCUAUCAGCAUUGCCGUGGCAACUCCAAAAUCCAAAUAUUUUUUACAGAUCCAGACUUUAAGGGUUUUAUACGUAUUACUUGCUGUCAGCGGUGUAGAGUGGAGUUUCAUACCAGCUGUUGGAAAAAGUUGAAAACUGCAAACUACAGUGAUAAGAAUGACAAGGAUUUUCUUCAAGAAUUAUGUUUCACUCCUGACUGUACAGGCCUUAUUUCAAAAAUAGUUAUUUUCAGUUCUUCUGGUUUGGUGAAAUGUGAAUUUGAACAAAAGAUCACUAAACCCAAGGAACCACCAAGAGCCAUCAUUAAACAGAAAUGUUCAAGUUUCAGGAAGUUAAAAAGGAAAGAAGAAAAAAAAAUACGAAGAAAACGUGCACGGGAAGAUGCACUGAAUUCUUCUAAACAGAAAAUAGAAGAAAAUCAGAUGCGAAAUGAACAGCCUCAGUACCGUAAUCGCAGUGAUUAUGCAGGUUAUGCUGGUGAUCAAGUCCUGCAGCGUAUCAUUCAAAAUGCAGAGCAGAUAAAAACAGCUGUUCGUGAUGCCUCCAAACUGUUAAAGGAAUUACUUUCCUGGUUUGUAAUCAGUGAAGAGGCUUACACAUCAUAUUGCAAAACUAGCAGCAAGUCACAUGUUGUGGUGGAACAGCUCAUCAGUUACUUGGUUCAGGAAGAAAACAGAGUGAAAACAAGGGCUUUUAUCCGUGUCCUGAGUGAGCUGGAGGAAGUGGAUCCCAAAUUACAGAGGUGGAUGAAACACCUUAAUGAUUUGGGGUUUACAGCUACAGUGAACUUUAUCCUUCAGUAUGGACAGUUUUUAAAACAACUUGACUUUUCUAUUUUAUCUGCACUCUGGAAUGAGAAGUAUGGUAGUAAAUUUGACUAUGUGUCAAAUAGUUCUGAAAGCAAAGAAAUUCUUGACUAUUUUUUAAAACCACCUCUAGAAAAAGUUCGUUGUUUUAUAUGGCUAUUAGAAGACAACAGAGAAAAUUUUCCAUCUCUUCAUCAAGCUUUAGAUGAAUUCUUUAAUAAAACAGACAACCCUACCAUCAUAUUAAAGAAGCAGGGAAAUGAAGAUAUAUUGACAAAUGGUAUCAAAGGUAAAAACAAAAGCAGAAAGAAGAACUAUAAGGACUCACGGUCUGUUUUAGUAUUAUCCAGUGGAGUUAGUACAGCACCACAAGAAGAAAAUACGUUUAUAGAAGAAAAUGCAUUAGGUUUUACAUAUUAUGAACCAUGUAUAAUCCCAGAAUAUCUUCGGGGGCAACUAGAUGAGUUUGAAGCUGUAUAUGACAUUUCAAACAGUAACAACUGUCAGAGACUGGAUGCUAAUCUAAGUCAAACCUGUGAAAGUUUAUAUGACUAUUUCUCUCAGAUAUUGGAAGAGCAUGGCCCGAUGGAAUUAAAUAAUAAGUUGCUAGUUGGGGAAUAUGAACAUUUCCCUGAAGAAGCUCGAAAGAUUGUUGAAGAUGAGGGUGGUUUGAAAUCUUUUCUUCUGAAAUCCCAUCGUUUCGUUAUGGUGGAUAAUUUUAUUAGCCUAAGGCAUGAUAUUAUUAAAGAAAAUAAAAACAGAGAUGAGACUGAAAAUAAUGAAGAAGGAAAUUAUAUUGUCUGUGAUGCGCAAGAAAAUUCUUUCCAGAACAAGAUACAGUUAAAUCCAGCUGCUAAGGAAUUCAAACCACUGUUUUAUCCUGAGCAACCUCAUAUAUCAACAUCUACUGACAUACCAUUAGAAAGCUGUGAGACUCCACAAUAUUUGCCCUAUUCUUUGCCUACUUCGUGGCAAUCAGUGCUUAGUCAGGAUAUUGAUCCUGUUGAAAAUAUGCCUUAUUUUUCAAAAGUUUUAUUUUAUCGAGAUUUUCAGAAUCAAAGCAGAUUUUUGCCACAGACUUCCUGGGGUUAUCAGUGUGAAAGAACAUCGCCGGUGACUUCUCCAGUGCCUCUCCUGUCAAAUGUUGCCAAGCAACCUGGGUAUAUUUAUGCUGAUGGUGUUACUCAUCAGGAUAAUGAUGAAUUAGCAACUUCAGACAGAAAAUAUGUCAGCAGCAGCUUUAUACCAGCUGAAAUAGAAACGUUCAGAGACCCUCCGUGCCUGGUGGAAAACUCCGAUAGCACAUUUUAUGAAGACAGUUUUGCUGUUGCAAAUAGUACAAAUGAAGCUGAAUGUGAUAUACAGGUGAUUAAGAAGGAAAAAGAAAGCAGAGGUAUACCUGUAAUGAAAAACAAUCCACAUACAAGGAUGGUAGCUGUUCAGGUGAAUAAUGAAGUAACUGAUAGGGAAACUAAUACUUUGCCUUUUCAUCCAUUUGAGAAGCAACAAGGAGAUAUUCUACGUAUGGAAAAAGAGCAUCAAGUAUUAAAAGAACAACUUAAAGAAGCACAGGAAAAAUACGAACAAUUACAAAACCGGAGCUCAGAAGAAAUCAGUGUUUUAGAAGAGCUGAUAAAGAAGACUGUUCAAGAGAGAGGGAUAUUUAAGAAAGAAGUGGAGUGGCUUCAUCAAGCUUUAGAAAUAAAAGUAAAAAAAUGGCAACAGGAGAAAAAGGAAAGUCAAGAGAACUUAAAAGCAAUGAGGAACACAGCCAAAAAGCAUGUGGAUACCAAUGAUAGGUAUUCAAAGACCAUUGAUGAGAAGGAGAAGCAGUAUAACACAUGUUUGAAUACAUAUCUUGAGACCAGUAAUAAAUUUGCUAAUAAGAAAGUAAAACUGGAAGAACUUAUUAAGAAGAGUCAAGAUGACUUCAAGGAGCAUGAGAAAAGAGCUGUUAAAGCAGAGGUAUCAGUACUCAAAAACUGGAAAGAAAGUGAAUUAUACAAACUGAAUGGUAUAGUUUCCAAAGCAGAAGCAAAUCUCAAGAUGUUGAAGUCAUUAAGCAGCAGCUCAGCUUCAUCACUUCCUGACUUAAAGUCACAGAUUAAUUAUUGGGAAGUAUUUAUUUCAAAUAUAAAGAAACAAAUGGAGAAAGUAAAGGUUGGGUAUGAAGAAAAAAUUGAGAAGGUGAAAAAUGGUGUUCGAAACUGCCUCACCAAAAUAGAAACUGUGGAUCUUUCAUCUCUUCCCAGUGUCUUAAGAAAGCAAAGCAAACCUGCUGUCGGUGAUCCAGCCCUUGUCCCAUACUCUUCUGCAUCUGCACACCCUAAUUUACUUCCUGCAGUUUCAAGCUCUGAAGAUCAAGGUCCAACAACUGCUUCACUUAAUACCCAGGCUGGAGUGAAGCCUGCAAAUGCAAAUUCUAAGGUUUGCUCUGCAAGUGAUGGAUCAGUGAAAACAAACACCAAAGCUUGGACGGGAUCAUAUGCUGAUAAAGUUUCGCUAACUUCUAUGUCAAAGUUUUCAGGAAUCAAUACUCAGAACAUACAGCCAAACCAAACCCACCAAGAUGAUUCAGCUACACAGAUGAAGCCCUCUUCAAACAACACAUCUGAAAAUAUUAUUGCUCAUCUACAAACUAUAUUUCCGGGCUACAGCAGUUCAGAGUUUGCGAGGUUCAUAAAAGAUGUACAAGGAAGAAGUGGAAAUACAUUAAGUUUGAGCUCCACUGAAAUUCUAAGCAGAGUGACAGAUCUCAUUCUGGACCAGCAAAAUGAGGCAUCAACUUCUGUAGGGAGACCUCUGAAGUCAACAUCAUCUGCUUCUGCAGGACAGACAGGAACUCAGAGUCAAGUAGCAGCUGCAGAAGGAAAUGUUUCCAGCGCACCCCAAGCAAGGCCUGCACACAAAAGCACCUCAAGUAAAAACAUGCUGCCAUCUCAGCCAAAUCUCCAGCCGUGGGGGAAUGCUGGAGCAACACCAAAAGCUAAAUGGAAAAAACUAGACUAUAUACCUUCCAGCGAUGAUCCAUGCAUCAUAUGCCAUGAUGAGUUAAGCAGAGACUCAUGUGAACUGGAAUGUGGGCAUCAUUUUCACAGAGAAUGCAUUAGAAAAUGGCUUAAGGAACAUUCGAGUACCUGCCCUAUCUGUCGCAUCCACGUUCUGUUACCUGAAGACUUUCCUGAGCUCCCUGCACGCAACAAACAUGCCUAAACCUUGUUUUGUGACACUCAGUAAGAUGUGGAGUGGCUGCAGAUAAAUAACCAUCCCAACAUGGCAUGGAGACAUGAUGCCUAAGAAGAGGUGGAACCCUGGUUUUAGUGGAAAUGAUAGCAGAAUUUGUUCUAAUGCAGUAUUUAACACUGAGCUGUAAGACACAGGUAUUGCUGUGGCACUUACCGGAUGAAGACAGCGUACUCCUUAAAUCAGUGCUUCUCCUGGUUGCUGCCUUCAGCGCGUGUACCUCAUGUAGUUCUGAGGCCAGGACCACGCUGGUGGGGUUCUUGCUUAGGGGAGUUUCAGUCCUUAAUCUGUUUUUCUCAAAAGCUGCUUCUGUAUGUGCACAGUACCUCUAAAAAGGGGUUUUCUUUAGAGCUGAUACUACACCGAAAAUAAAUAAAAGUGGGCCGAACAAUAGACUGGCAGAAUUUGGAAUAACCAAGCCAUCACCUUCCCUGUAUAAACAAUUGCAGGAUUCCAAUUGAGUUUCUUUAGAUCAUUAUGAAUAUCAUUCGUGUAAUUGCAAGUCUUUUCUCCAUGUAAAUCUGGAACUGAUAAUUCAAAUUGUUUAAAUGAUAACUCUUAGCUAUACUUUGAAGCACUAAAUAUUCUCUAAGUAUUCUUCUGUUCAUACAUCGAUUUUAGAAUACUGUGAUUCAAUUCUGUAAUGUAAAAAUACCUUAAAUUUCUCUCCUUGAUGAGCUGAUUUGUUUGAAUUGGCACUGAAGGAUUUUUAUUCUUGGUGAAGCAAUAUAACGCAGUUGUGUUCUGUGCACAAAUGCCAGUUUAUCAGCAGUGUGAGGUACAUGGUACAACCAGCUGAAGGAGUGGCUGUCCUACUGCUUGAGAAGUCUGAGUGUGCCAUGAGUGCCUUCUGCCUUGUAAAAUUUGUUUCAGACAGCCAGAGAUCCAGGUAUGCCGCAUGGUGUAAACACCCUCAAAAUGUGGUGAGUCUGACCAUUGUUUGGGCACAAGCCGUGUUCAGCUAUUUAGGUUAUGGCUUAAUGGAUCAUUUGUUUCCCCAGGUCAAAGUAUACAGUUGAAGUUUCAAAGCAUCCUUUGAUAAGUCAGUAUGUUUAGUGAAACUUGGGUCAAAAAUAAAAUUACUUCUGUA